AUGGACACCCCUUUUGCUCUAACCAAACUUUUUAUAUUAUUCUCUCUCAUAUCAUCUCUACUCGGAAACAUAAUAUUAGUCACAGUUGGUGCACAAAUAUCAAACAAUUUAAUCUCAAAGAUAUGCAAAAAAUCAAGAAACCCAAACCUCUGCUCCCAAAUUCUAAAAUCCAAUCGUGAAGCUCGUAAGGCAUCUUCAUUAGUUGAUUUGGGAGAAAUCGCCAUAAGUCAAAGUCGAUCGAGUGCACAGUCGACCAAACAUGCUAUAUACAUGACGCGUUUACUUAAGACAAGAGACAUGGUACUUAAAGACCGAUACAAAUCAUGUGACACCAAUUAUGAAA